AUGCCUGGAAAAAUACUAGAAAGUUACGAUCACGUACCUGUAACCAAGGAAGAUUUGGACUGGGCAGAGCUCAUAACCCUUGAUCUCAGUGAAUAUGAGCAGCCUGGGGGGGAAAGAGUCACUAGUGAAAAAACUCGAACACGCUGGUUCUUCUAUGUGAAAAACUUCAAUAUUGACCAAGAGGAAGUCAAUCGCCAAUUUGCGCUUGGUCGAGAGUUCUAUACACUGCCUCUUGAGGAGAAGCUCAAGUAUCACAAUGCAGAUGAUCUAGUCAGGGGAGAAUAUAACGGAUAUCGGCCCGCCGGUCACCGCAUUCUCGGGAAUGGAAUCAAAGAUAACGUGCAGGUGUAUAACAUUCCCAAAUUUGACGGCUAUCACCAACGACAACAACCCGCCAUCAUUUCCGAGAACAUUGCUGAAGUUGAAGCUUUCAGCCGGAAAUGCCACACAGAGGUGGUUGAGAAACUCCUCCGCCUAUUUGCCAUUCUUUUGGAGCUUCCUGACGAGGAGCAGCUGGUUCGCGACCACCAAUACGACGUUCGCGGAGAGGAUCACCUGCGCUAUAUGCACUACGCAGCACGCAGUGCUGAAGAAAACGAGAAAGUUGGGAGUCUUUACAGUCCCGGCCAUACCGACCUGGGAACGGUAACUCUACUUUUCCGACAGCCCGUGGCAGCCCUGCAAAUUCUCAACUCCGAGGGGAAUUGGAAGUGGGUGCGCCCGCAAGAUGGAACCAUUACGAUCAACACCUGUGAUGCUUUGACAGCACUUACGGGAGGAUUGAUUAAGUCCAGUGUUCAUCGGGUGCAUGCGCCUCCAGCGGACCAGGCGCAUGUUGACCGAUUGGGUGUGCUGUAUUUUGCCCGCCCAAAUAAUCACGUCGUCCUGGAUCCGAUUACAAAUAGCCCGCUCCUUGAGCGCCUCGGGUUGACGAAGAAUGUUUUUACCGAGCUCGGUCAACAUCUGACGACUGAGCAGUGGGUGAAAGUGCGGCAGACACAGCAACAACGACGGAACAAAGAUGUCAAGGUCUCUGAUGAUGGAAAAUACACCUAUGGCUCCAAAGAUCUUGAGAUCCUUCCUGGAUUGAGUGCGAAGAUCUACAAUUGA